AUGGAGCCAAAAGUGAAUUUAAGACAAGACCCCGCUUAUCAGAAGCUACAAGAACAUUAUAAUACAAAUGCAGACAAGAUCAAUAUACAACAAUUAUUUCAACAAGAUGCCGAACGGUUUAACAAAUACUGUCUUCGAAUUCCCACUCCCAAUGAUGGUGAAAUCUUGCUUGACUACUCCAAGAACAGAAUGGAUGAUGCAGCAUUCUCCCUGCUUUUAAAUUUAGCCAAAAGUCGCAAUGUUGAAAAAGCAAGAGAUGCUAUGUUUUCUGGUGAGAAGAUAAACUUCACCGAAGACCGUGCAGUGUUACACAUUGCUCUUAGAAACAGACAAAACAGACCUAUAUUGGUUAAUGGCAAUGAUGUGACUCCCGAUGUAAAUGCUGUUUUGGCUCAUAUGAAAGAGUUUUCAGAGCAAGUUAUAAGUGGAUCUUGGAAAGGAUAUACUGGUAAAGCAAUAACUGACAUCAUUAAUAUUGGUAUUGGAGGAUCUGAUCUUGGACCUCUUAUGGUUACUGAAGCCCUGAAACCGUAUGCUACCCGUCUUAAGGUUCACUUUGUAUCCAACAUAGAUGGUACUCACUUAGCGGAAGUACUGAAGCGGCUGAACCCUGAGACUUCUCUCUUCAUCAUCGCCUCUAAGACGUUCACCACUCAGGAGACCAUCACCAAUGCCACUUCAGCCAAGAACUGGUUUUUGGAUGUCGCGAAGGAUCCAUCAGCGGUUUCCAAGCACUUCGUCGCGUUAUCCACAAACGGCGAGAAAGUUACCGCUUUCGGAAUCGAUCCCAAGAAUAUGUUCGGCUUCUGGGACUGGGUUGGAGGAAGAUAUUCACUCUGGUCAGCGAUCGGUCUAUCUAUAUCUCUAUACAUCGGGUUUGACAACUUUGAGAAAUUGUUGGACGGAGCCAGCUUCAUGGACCAACACUUCCUUAGUGCGCCAUUGGAGAAAAAUGCCCCUGUUAUCCUGGCCCUACUUGGUGUAUGGUACAGUAACUUCUACGGCGCAGAGACACACGCACUUCUGCCAUACGAUCAGUAUCUGCAUAGAUUUGCAGCAUACUUCCAACAAGGGGAUAUGGAGAGUAAUGGGAAAUAUGUGACCCGGUCGGGUUCCGAAGUGGAUUACAGCACGGGACCAAUUGUUUGGGGUGAACCGGGGACGAACGGUCAACAUGCCUUCUAUCAGCUGAUACACCAGGGAACUAGGUUGAUCCCAUGCGACUUCAUAGCGCCUGCGCAGACGCAUAACCCGAUAUCGGGAGGCAUACAUCACAAGAUACUGCUCGCUAACUUCCUUGCCCAGACUGAGGCGCUUAUGAAGGGCAAGACCGCUGCAGAGGCAGAGGCCGAAUUGAAGAAGUCAGGGAUGGCGCCAGAAGCGAUAACCAAUAUUUUACCUCACAAAGUGUUCAAAGGAAACAGACCCACUAACUCCAUCGUUGUAAAGAAAGUCUCUCCAUUCACUCUUGGCGCUCUUAUUGCUAUGUAUGAGCACAAAAUCUUCACUCAGGGUGUGAUUUGGGAUAUCAACUCCUUCGACCAAUGGGGUGUUGAGUUGGGAAAGCAAUUGGCGAAGGCAAUCGAACCAGAGUUACUAGAUGGAACUAAAGUUUCAUCGCACGAUGCCUCCACCAAUGGAUUGAUCAAUUUCUUGAAAGAAAACUUUUAA